UAAUACAACCCCAAUAAGAAUAAAGAAUGUCACAAAAUGCCAAUGAACCUGGCAGGCCUGGAAAUUUUUGGAGUUUAGGGAAACGAUUCAUCGUUGCCAUGACUUAAAGCUGACGGAAACGCCAAAACGUUUUUUGUUUUCGUGAAGUAGACCGUGGGGAAAUGAUACUUUAACGACGGUAACGAUUAACUUUAAACCGAUAAAUACGUGGAGAACCAUUUCAUAAUUGCCCUAGUUAGUGACAAGACCUACUCCAUAGUAGUAAAAUAUUAUAAUAUAAAUAAUAUGUUUUAUAAUAUAAAAAUUAUUAUAAUUUGAAAUAUUGUCCAAGGUAAACGAUUUAUCGUUACCGUUUUUAAUGAUUCGUGGAAACGUCGCGGAAACAAAAUGAUCAUUUCCUCCAAAUUUCCAGGCCUGCCCUGUCAGUAUUUCCGAACUGUUGAGAAAAAGUGAAUUAGAUGAAACGUCCUAGUCAUGUGAUUGCUUCCCAGUUUUGUUUGUGUUACUUCUAAAACCUAUUUUAUGAUUAAAACUUGCCAACUUGCGCCAGUUAAUAACUGCUUUUAACAUUGCUGCAUGUUUUGGUGACUACUUGAAUUAAUUUUUGAAAUAGAUUUAUGGAAAGCAAAAACAUGUUUGACCCUGCCACACUUAUUUCCACCAGGUUUUAAAGUAAUGUUUUACUGCUUGAUUUUUGAUACACAUACAAAACCUUAAUUUUGCAUUUGAUUAGUCUUUGCACCAAAACAUUGAAUUCUAUUGGAAACAGAAUAAAAAAUGCUCAUUAAUACUAAAAAAAUAAACAUAAUUUUUCAUUUUCAAUGAACAUUCAUUAAAAAAUGUAGUGUAUUUCAGCUUUAACCUGGAUUUCAGGAUUUACUGUUUUAGUUGUUUACUGAAUGUCAGCAUUUUAUAACUACUGUUACACCCAGUGUGUAUAGGAACAUGGUAAGUCAUGCUCACAACAAUAGUUAGGAUCCAAUUAUAAAUUGACACGAUCCAAUCUUCGGUGCAUUGCCUUAUGUGGGUUAAAGUUCUGGAUCGUUUACGAUGCUGGAACUUGCAUUAUGCGUGUUUGCAACAAAAAAAUAGUAUUUGUAGUGAUCUGUGAAGGCAGCAUAUUUUCUGAAGAACUUUUAUAGAUUGUGGGGGAAGGGGGCUUGUGUGCAACUCUUUUUACGCAUUAUUUGAGAGCUAUAUAAAUAUUACACCUGUAUAUAUCUUGCAGAAUGGUUAAGAGAUCUUAUGAAAUAUCCAAAUAACUUUUUUGUAAUUAAUCUUAAAAUUUAAUACCUCGAAAUACAACAUUAAAAACAUUAAAAUGACAUGUUAAUUAUUAUAAUUUAGCUGUUCCGUUAAAAUACAUCCUAAUUCACCUUUAAACUUAGCUGUGUAACAAAAAUAUAUCAAAACACUGUUCACUUUUGUCAGUCAAUAUGAUAAGUUGUGCAGCAAGCGGGGUUGCCAUAUUGUUGCCAGAACUAUUUGUUUACAAUCAUGUAGGUUUUACAUUUCUGACAUGUUAGGUUUUAAACAUGAAUUAUGCUAUUUAUCUCCCUUGUUACGUAUUAACGAAUUAAAAAAAGUUGCCUGUUAAUUCGCGCAAAUGUCUUUGUGUAAAUCAACCUUUGCACAAGCGCUGACCUAUCGAUCAAAAAAUGUUAUUCUCCUUAAUGUUUAUUGCUGUUGGCAUUAGCAACCACAUUUUGUUUAUGUUUGUUUGUUUACUUAGUUUGCGUGUUAAAACGAUGAAAGAGAGCCAUCAUGUGGAUUGUGAUGACGAUGACAUUGACGAAGAAGUAAAGCAAGUUGAUGUCAGUCAUGGCAGUACAAGUAACCAGACUAGGAAAAUUAAUGUUCAUGUCAUUCAACUGGAGUUUAUUUUAUCCCUAGGACUCAUGCUCCAUAGUAACAUUUUAGUAACCGCCAGUUUGCGUGUUAAAACGAUGAAAGAAAGCCAUCACGUGGAUUGUGAUGACGAUGACAUUGACGAUGAAGUAAAGCAAGUUGAGGUCAGUCAUGGCAGUACAAGUAACCAAACAAGCAUGUAUGCAUCGAGUAGCUCUUACGAGACGUCGAGCACGUUUUGUUGCGAUUUAAUUUACGUUGUAGUCUUGCUCGCCUCGUUGGUGUUUUUAAUUUUAUUUUUGUACGGCCACUUGCCGCAUAUUUCAACACACUUCAGUGGUGGCAAAAAUCAACAUGAGAAAAUAGUCGUUUUAGUUGUUUGUGUAGCUUUUACAGUAUUGGUUUUACUUGUAUUUAUCGUGCGAUGCGUGCGUAGAGCUCGAUAUUCUUCGUGUCAUGGAACUGUCGAAUCGAUUUGGUAUAAACAUAGGCGCAGGAUACCGACCGACGCGUCCUUUUUUCGGGACGAUGAGAGCGCUCCUAUAGACGGUGUUUCGUCGCCACAACAGCAAGGAAAUUGCGACGGGAAGUCAAAGCUAGACGAAUUCUCAGAGUCCGAGUUGCGCGAUUUAAAGAAGAUCUUGACGAACUUUACGAACUAUCAUGAUGGUAAUGACUGGUGUUUUUCACCGAGCUCACAUAGCGCUCUGUCGCGUAAAAGCGUGCUAGGUACCAGUCCUUUACGACCACAACAACGAGCUAAACUGAAGUUCACGGUUAAAGUUGUAUUAGUCGGCCCACCGAACGUUGGUAAAACGAGUAUAUUUCACCGAAUCUUGUACGACCGUUUCACUGAGUACUACAUGGCGACCUUAGGCGCCGAUCUUGGACACAGCUCAUUACACAUAUUUCCUAGAGAAUUUAACAACCACUUAGAUAUCUCUCUCCACCUGUGGGAUAUUGCCGGCUCCGAAAGGUUUUCGGAACUUUCCCACAUAGUUUACAAGGACGCAACCUCUUUUGUUAUUGUCUGUGACGUCACCUCUCCAUCCUUCACUACAGUUACUAUGCCGUGGAUUAAAGAGAUUGAGCGUUUACUGUACGAACCGCGGGUAAGUUUGUUAUUUAAUAAAAUAGACUUGCAUCAAAAAAUGGCGACGAUAAGUUACAUGGACGACGAGUUGUUGCAGUUUGAUUCUUAUUCAGUUUCUGCGAAGACUGGGGAGAGAGUUCUGGAUGCAAUGGUACAAAUCAUAGCCAAAUCGGUUCUACACGAGGUUGACAAAUUGUUGUGAGCGUGUAUUAUCAAUGUUUAGCUGUAUCUUUCUCCUUCGCAGUGUUUUUUUAUGUAUGAAAGUUUAUAGCAAAUCUCUGAGUUCGACUAUUUGUCAAUAGAUUGAUUUUUUGUCAUUAGUUUUUAAUUCAAUAUUUUUUCUGCUUUUUUUAUUAAAUUGUGUUGUCGCUUUUUUUGCAUGGUUUUUUCGUGUGCGUGAUUUUUAUGUCUGUGUGAUCGUUACACGUGCGCGUAAUUAUUUUUCCGUGAUUAUUGUUCCGUGAUUAUUGUGUGCGUGAUUGUUACGCGUGUACGUGUGCGUGUUGUUAGUUGUAUAAAAACGAAAAGUACUCUUCCAUUUUCCUGUUUUAUUUUUUUAUAUUCUGAUCUUUGAUCUUACAUUCCGAUCUUGCAAGAAGUCACGACAAAUGAUCGCAAAGACUGUCUAUCCAGAUUAGUUUUCAUAAAUUUUUUGCUUGUGAUAUACUUCCGACUUUUUCGCCUCGUGCACACAAACAUGCUUUGGUAGCAUUUGGUGUCUUUCAAUUGAUGAGAUUUUUACUUGUUUUUUAUGUUUCUUUCUUAAUUAAAGUUAAUUUAUAAAAUUUAUACAUAGAUGAAUUUAUACAAUACAGAAAAGUCAAGUAUAUCCAAAUAAAGUAUCGAAUGACCUCUAUGUUCUCUAUAAUAAAAGCCGUAUAUUUUUUUCUGCCAGCUAAAACCGAUUUAUGCUAAACCACGCACGAAAUUAAACUAUGCGACGGGCCGAUUAACGACCAGUAUCACCUAAACAGCACGGAUUGUACAAACGGACCCCCCCACCCCCUCCCCUCCUUGCAGUCAAGUACCCCGUACAGCAUGGAAUUAGGCCAAAUUAUUUUCUAUAUUUUCAUAUGAUGGCACAUCAUUAAGUUGCGAAGUCUGUCGUAAAACGUUUGAGUUUUUUACAAAGAAGUAGGUCGUGUUAAAGAUAUGUUUUUGUAAGCGGGUUGUUGACUGAAGUAUGUGCGUAGAAAUCACCUAGAGACCAACAUCGUCCUCAGGACUAUUUUCUUUUCAACAACGCUGUGCUUUUUAAAUGUUAUAGUACCCACAAGGCGCUUGGGUCGAGCAUGCCUAGACACAAGGUGCAUUAGAUUUUUUUUAAAAUAUUUUUACGCGAAGAUAAUUUCAGAUCAAAUUUUCUCUUUUUUAUAUAGUAUUUUUAAUCAUUUCGUUUUCAAAUUUCCCUCUCUUUCUUGAGAUAACUGACCCUGGUACUUUAUUUUUUAUUUAGUUAAAAAAAAAAUGUAUGCGAUUUACUGAAAUUCACGAACAUUUGUCUCGCAAAUGUUUUUAAAAUGCCUUUUCGCGAAAAUUAAUAAAAAAUUUAUGAUUUUUUGACCUUGCGAAGAGUUCUUUCGAAAUUUUUUCCUGAUUAAUGCUUUUUUGGCAAAGGAAGCCGUGUGGCAUCUUAUGUUAAGGCAACGCAAUGUUGAAAGAAGAAAAGUAACUUUGUAACGGUAUGUUGCUUUUGUCUACAAAUAUCUUUAAAACACUUUCCAAUUUUUUUUCAAAACAUCUACCUACUGAAGGCUGAAGUUUUAUUUUGCUACAAUACACGAAAAUACACGAUUCAAAUAAACCAUCUCCAAUGUUAAUAGCAAUUCUGCUUCAUAGUGCCAACCUUGAUCCCAGGUCCUGUAGCAUUUUUGAUAUUACAGCGCUACAGGCCCUGGCAUCGAGGUUGUCAUAGUACCAUUUUGGUUAAGCUUGUAUGCAGACCUAUCCCCACUUCAUAUACAUUAGCUUCAAAAUCGGCAAACUUUAAAGCGAUUUGAUUAUCGCUUGAACUGGUACAACGGGUAGACAAGGAACGAAGUUGUGACGAUGCUAUAUGUUAUCGGUCCAAUGUUGGAUAUUACCUCGGUAGGGUAUGUAUAGAAAUCAUAGCACCAUUUCCUGCCUUAUUUCAAGCCUCAUUUAAGCGUUUAGUAUCGCAAAUCGGUCUGUCGUUUGUUUUUCAAAAUAUUUUGUGAAGGUUAAUUUUUGAGAGUGGCGAUCUCAAACAUUUUUUUCAAAAGUCGCAAAAAUCGAUCUAUUUGAGGUAGUUAUGGCUAUAAGGAAAUAAAAUUAUAUUCUCCAGGACUUGUUAGGCUUUUCAGGGAACGAGGUUGCUUCGAAUCACUUCAUACACAUCUACAAUAUAAUAAGUAUAAGAACGAAAUAAGAAUAAUUUCAAUCCAAAAAUUGACAAAGUUUAAGAAUGCACCAAUAUCAAAACUGAAAAUGCACAACUUCUUAUUUUUGAUGCAUUUUUUGGUUCUCAACGCACUAAAAAAAUGGCAAAGAAAGAAUUAAAAAAGAAUGAAUUAGGUAAAAAUAAUUAAUCGUUUAAACAUUUUGACCUUCCAAAAUGUUAAUCAUCGAGCCAAAAUUUUGUUACUUUUCACUGAGAAUAUCAAAUAUUGUUUACAGAUAAAAUUGUAAACUUGAGUACAGCUGCAAAAAGAAAAAUAUAUGAGACAACAAUUUGAUUAUAUUUAUAAGAAAUAAACACUGAAAAAACAUGAAAUAUUAUACAAACAUAAUGCUUACCCCCGUGUUUUCAUAAAACAAAACAAAGUAACUAUGAGCCCCCAUAGCACAACACUUCCAAAAUU